AUGAAUCAUCAUUUAAGAGCCAAAAGAAGGAAGACGAGUAAGAGAUUACAGAGCAUAGGAGCUGAAGGAUUUUUAAAUGGGCAGGCAUAUCAGAAGUAUUACUCAGGGGUCUCAAGAGAUGCUUUGUCCCUUUUGUUCUUUGGAGCUGGAAACACCGGAUCAUUGGUUGCUACAUUGUCAUUUUUCAUGGGAAGUUUGGUCUCUGAUUCUGAGGGGAUAAAACCCCUUGGUCCCCUUUCCCUUGUAUUGACUGCCUUUGGCAGUGAGUGUGUGUGUGCUGAGACAGAGAGGUGGAGUUUGCCUCGGAUAUCUCUCGUUUGUGCUUGGUUUAUUUUCGUGCUUGUGCUUGGAGGUGUGAAUCGGGGUCGGGGUCUCGACCCAACAGAUCAUUCAUACUGGAAUUGCCUUGCUUCUGCUGAUUCUAUUUGUCAUGGAUUUGGUCUGGUCAUGGUUGCUGCCCAGAAUGCAGUGUGGGAUGCCUUCUUGGCUUCUUUCUCCCCCUUUGGUUGUAUCUCCCUUUGUGGGGAUGCUUGCCUUCAUGUUUCUUCGUCUUCCUUACCCCCCCUCGAAAUAGUUCAACUUUUUUCAUCAGCAAUCUCCUCCUCUCUCCUUCACUGUGAUCAUUCCCAAACUCUCUCAACAGUUCCAGUUCACAUCACACGCACAAACACAAAAAAAAAAACAAAUGUUUCCUUAUCUACUCUCAAUUGCACUCCCUCUUUACUUCUUCCUCCAUCAAAGUACUUUACACUAGCCAUCAACUCCCCUGGCCUUUAUUCCCAACAGCUUGAUCACGUUGUCGUCAACUGCGGCUCCUCCGGGGACUCAACUGCAGAAGAUACCCGGAAAUGGACCGGAGAUACCGGUUCCAAUUACAUCACUUCAUUACAUGGUUCAAAGGGCAAAUUGAUCAGCUCAAAAGCCACUGACCAACCCCUUCCCUACGAUCCAAUCCCUUACAGGACCGCCCGGCUCUCCCGUUGGCCAUUCACCUAUACAUUCCGCGUCACUCCAGGUCAGAAACUUAUACGUCUUCAUUUCUAUCCGGCUUUGUACCUGGGUGGUUUCAAAAGGUCCAAGGCCUUUUUUACUGUGAAGGCUGGUCGUUAUACCCUUCUUAGCAACUUUAGUGCUGCCCUUACUGUUGAUGCAUUAGGCUUAACCUCUCUUGUUAAAGAGUAUUAUUUGGACGUGGACGAAGAUCAACCGUUAAUCAUAACGUUCUCCCCGUCACGAAUUGGUAAUUCUGAAGAGGUAUAUGCUUUUGUCAAUGGGAUUGAAAUAAUCUCAAUGCCAGCUGCACUUUAUCAUACUCGAGAGGGUAAUCCAGCGGCACAGAUUGUUGGGAAGAGCGACCGGUUUACCCUAGAUAAAAGCAUUGCUCUGGAGAAGGUACACCGGUUAAACGUUGGCGGAAGCUCCAUUUCGCCCAUAGAAGAUAGGGGUAUGUUUAGGGAUUGGAAUGAGGACUCAAAUUAUCUGUUAGAAAAAUCAUGUGUCAAGCCAGUUACUACCACAAUUCGAAUCAAAUACACGAGCGUACCACCGUACACUGCUCCUCAGAAAGUGUAUCAAACAUCUUGGUCACUGAUUCCAGGCAAGCAUGCGAACAAGACCGAAUCAAAUUUCACGUGGAGAUUACCUGUGGAUUUGGGAUUUCGGUACCUGCUUAGGUUGCAUUUCUGUGAGCUUGAAUAUGAGAUAAAAGAGAGUGGAAGGAUGGAGUUUAGUAUCUUUGUUAAUGAACACGUUGUUGAGGCCAAAGUUGACCUUAUCCAUUGGAGCGGCGGAAGUGGGGUGGCUGUGUUUAAGGACUAUGUGGUGAUUAUGGAUGGAGAAAGGAUGGAGGGCAAGCGUGACUUGCUCAUAGCGCUGCGCCCUCACAAUCAUGAAUGGACGGAACCAAUUGAUGCAACUGUAAAGGGGUUAGAGGUAUUCAAGUUGAGUAACCCCGACAAAAAUCUUGCUGGGGUGAACCCGGUGUCGCUUGAACGUGCUUCGACAUCUCCAAAGCCCAAGAAGUUAGUCUUUGCUUCUGGAGGAAAUGCCAUCGCAACAGGUGUAGUAAUUGUACUCACUGUGUUGAAUGUCAUUGUUUACCAAUUGCGUAGCUUAGGUGAAAAUAGUGCGGAGAGAAAUCUCUCUUCGUCGACAUCGGAGGGGUUGUGUCGCCGUUUCUCACUUGCUGAGCUCAUGUCAGUGACCAAUAACUUCGAUGAUGAGUUUGUCAUUGGACGUGGUGGAUUUGGUAAGGUCUACAAAGCGCUUAUUGAUGAUGACGCAACAAUGGUUGCCUUAAAGCGGUGUAAUUUGAAGUCUCAAGGGGCAAAAGAGUUUUGGACAGAAAUCGAGAUGCUUUCCAAGCAUCGACACACGCAUCUCGUAAGUCUUUUAGGCUAUUGCGAUGAACGCAAUGAGAUGAUCCUUGUUUAUGAGUUUAUGGAGCAUGGUACCCUUGCUGAUCAUCUCUACAAUACAAAAACCAAGGGUAAUGGUAUGGUUGGCUAUAUGUCAUGGGAGCAAAGGCUCAACAUUUGUGUAGGUGCUGCUCGUGGAUUGGAUUACCUCCAUACAGGUAUUCAGCACGGUAUAAUACAUCGAGAUGUGAAGACCACAAACAUUCUAUUGGACAAGUACUGGAUAGCUAAGAUUUCAGAUUUUGGGUUGUGUAAAGUGGGCUCCACAAGCCAUUCCCACACGUACGUUAGCACAGAUGUAAAAGGCACAAGGGGGUAUCUGGAUCCUGAGUAUUACAUGACCCGUAGGCUAACUAAGAAAUCAGAUGUGUAUGCCUUUGGUGUCGUGAUGUUGGAAAUGCUUUGUGGGAGACCAGCAGUUGAUAUGCGGGUCGAUGAGGAGCAACAUAGUCUUGCCCUAUGGGCUAAACAGUGCAUUAAAGAGAACAAACUCGAUCAACUUACUGACCCCAGUUUGAGGGACCAAAUCUCGGCACAUUGCCUGAAGGUAUUUGCUGAAGUUGCUAAUAAUUGCUUAGAUAGUCGUCCAAAGGGACGGCCUACAAUGGCAGAUGUGGUGGUGAGACUUGAGUACGCAUUGGCUUCAGAGAGGGCUGUGAACGAGCAGUUUGGUGAGAACACCAAAGGCGGGAAUAGGUCAAAGGGAAACGUAAGCAAGGUUUUUCAGAAGGCUAUUGAAUUUCUAGCUAAAGGUGCUGACAUCAAGUGGAAAAAAAGAAAGGCAAAUUCACAAUCGGAAGGGAUACUUAACCGAAGAGACACUGAAGACAGGAUAAGGCAUCACCAACUCCCUGAAGAUUUGAGACUAAGUGUUCAGCGCUCGAAUAUCAUAAAAGCCGAGAACUUGGCUUUCUUGGAGAAAGAAGAAGGACUGGAGUCGCUCGAACUCAUCGGAAGAGGAGUUAGCGGAGAAGUAUACAAGGCAGAGCUUCCAGGAAGCAACGGGAAAAUAAUAGCCAUAAAGAAGAUAACGGUAGUAUGUUAUUCAGACCGUAGGCCAAACGAUUGGAAAAUGCAGCGAAUCCGAUCAGAGAUUCAGAUCAUGGGCCAAAUUUGGCACCGGAACCUUAUUCCUCUCUUGGCCCACGUGCCAUGCCCCAACGGCCACUGCCUCGUGUACGAGUUCAUGAAGAACGGAAGUUUGGAGGAUAUUCUGAAUCAGGUUUCGCAAGGGACCAGAGAGUUGGAUUGGUUAGCACGGCACAAGAUCGCGCAGGGAGUGGCAGCCGGGCUCGAGUACCUCCACAUGUACAUUAAGCCGCGCAUAAUCCACAGAGGUCUCAACCCAGCAAAAGUCCUUCUCGACGAUGACAUGGAAGCUCGGAUUGCUGAUUUCGGGCUCGCAAAGGCAGUCCCGGAUCACGAUACUCACGUGACGACUUCCAAUGUUGCGGGAACUUUGGGGUACAUUGCUCCGGAGUACCACCAGACAAUGAAGUUCACAGACAAGUGUGAUAUAUACAGCUUUGGGGUGUUGCUGGGUGUUUUGGUGAUCAGAAGGCUACCAUCUGAUAACUUCUUUCAAGACACAGCCGAAAGGAGUUUGGUGAAGUGGAUGACAAAUGUCAUGACUUCUGAGAAUCCGAAUAGAGCAAUUGAUCCGAAGCUGAUGGGAAAUGGACAUGAGGAAAAGAUGCUCCUAGUGCUAAAGAUUGCUUGCUUUUGCACUCUUGACGAUCCAAAACAGAGGCCUAAUAGCAAGGAUGUGAGGUGCAUGUUAGCACAGAUCACGCACUAAGCGUGCCGCCAACAUAUCAUAUGUGAAUCUAUUAAAGAAUAAUGAUGCAUGCGAUGAAUGAGAACUGUUCGAGAAGAACAGUUUCUCCACUAAGAAACUUCUAGCAUAGGGUGGCGACCCAUACGUGGUUGUAGUAGAAGUUUAUGUCAGUUAAACGCAUUUACCGUUUUGUUAAUUCGAAUGUCAUUUGGAUAUAUUUCUUCGUGUCUCCUAUUGAAUCUAAGUGUAUUCAGCAAGAUUUCAGUCAAA